AUCUAUUUGUCCACACUCGUACUCCCAUUUAUCCUUCUCUAAAUUUGGGGAGUUUAUGAUUAGCUGGGUGCACAGCGAAAAUCAUGUCUCGAUGAGGAGAACACAUGAUUUAAACGUGCAUAGUCAUUUAACAAAAAAAAUAAAACUCAUCUCAAAUCACUCCCAAUAGAUCUAAAACAACAUCAAAGGAUUAACUUCUUUAAUUUGUCAUUCAACUAUCUGUUUUAGAAUUCCUAAAUGUCUUUAAAAAUUUUCUGAUUUAAAUUUUCAAAAUUUCUAAAUGUCAAACUAGGUUUCUUUUUCUCCCCCGUGUUUACAGAUUGUGUUUUCCAAAAUGGUGUUGGCCUGGUAUCAUGUGGUGAUUAUAGCGUUGGCUGCUGUUAUUUUCUUGCUUGUUGAAGCUACAAUUUCAUCUGGAAAUCUCAUUGUUAUCAGUGUUCUCAUGAAGAAAGUUCUAUACAUGGCCGAUUCAAUCAAUCAAAGAAUUAGAUAGGUGAAUUGCUCAAGGAUGAAGAGGAAAAUCCGGUACAAAUUUGAAAAUUUUGAAUUCCUCCUUCUGUUUUGGUCAAUUACUGCUCAAUUUCUUUCAUUUUCGGUUUCAAUCAUGCAUAAAAAUAUCUCAAUCCCCAAAUUCCAGGGAUUUUAUUCCCCCUAUUUUCAGUAACCCUAAGUUGAAUUGUAUUUAUCUAAACCCUAAAAUCUAUAAUCUUAUUCAAGUUAAUCGAACCCGUCAAAUGGCCGAAAACAACACUUCUAAAGCUAUAGAAACCAGCAAAACAAUUGAAGUUUCUGAUUUAGCUAUGAGAUUCAGAAAAGAAACAAUUGAGUUGAAGGCUGCUGAAGAUACCAUAGUCCUGCACCAGGAAGUAUCAGAUAAUAAAGUUUCCGAGGAAGGAGAAUGGGAUUUCUGCUUGAUAGGUAAGAUAAUUACUGAAGGAAAAAUGGGACAUGCUGCGGUGGAGAGGAACAUUGUUUUCACCUGGAACUUUAUUCCUCCUGAAGAGAUCAAAAUUAUUGAUGUUGAUACAAAUAUAAUGAUAUUCAAGUUGAAGAAUAAGGAUGUUGUGGAUCAAGUAAUUGUUGAGGGACCAUGGAACACUGAUGGGUAUCUGUGCAUUUUGUUUGACUACUUUCAAGGCUUAGUUCACCAAAAUCUUGAUUGGACUAAGCAAGAGUAUUGGAUCCAACUGAAGUACCUGCAACCGGAACACAUGAACGUGAGAUCAGUGGAGGAUAUGUGGAAGCUAUUAGGAGAAGUGCUUGCGAUUGAACCUUCAAAUGCAAUCCCAAUCGAUGGAAAACCAGUGAAAGUAUGUGUGAAUAUUGAGCUUACCACACCACUAAGAAGAGGGGUCUUCGUAAUCACGGCAGCUGGAGUCACAAAAUGGGUCAAAUUCUAUUAUGAAAAGCAACCUCACAAGCUAUGCAAAGAGUGUUUUCUGAUUAACCACUGCAAUGAUGCAUGUAAGGAUGCAGCGGAGUAUGUGAAAGUUGUUCAUGCCAAGCAGUUACCUUUUGGAGGAGUUGGGAAACUUAAGACAAAACCACAAGUUCGAAGCACUGCCUCGAUUACUCCCAAACCAAUGACGAGAAGAUUUGCCAAAGAUCCUCCAUUUGUACCUCCAAAAGAUGGAAUCCAAAUUAAGGUUCAAGAAGUUCUAGAGGCUGAAGACGUACAUGAAAGACUGGGAAAGCGACAACGCUUUGUAGAAAUUGAAGAUGGAAAUAUUGGUCAACUUACUGGGAAGGAGAGCACUGAUAACAAUGAGGGGAAAAUGGUGAAACAAAUAACAACUAGAAUCCCACAUAAGGACAAACAAUCUGGAACUACUGCAGGUGACUGUCAUGGAGGUAGAUGCUGGCACUCAAAAGCCUUAGAUCCAGAACAAGCUGAAGCUUUUGCUCUCAUGGAGGCGAUUAAAUGGGCACAAAGGAAAUGAGUUAGAAAGCUUCACUUAGAAGGCGAUUGCUCAAAUGUUAUAAGAGCUUUAAAUGGUAGUUUAAAUGUAAUAAAGUGGACAACUAGAAACAUUGUCCUAAAUUGUCUAGUUCUGUUAGUAGAUUUCGAAAACUAGUUAUGCACUUAUGCUCAUAGGGAUGCAAAUCAUGUUGCAGAUUCUCUUGCAAAACAUGCAAGAAAUCUCAACAGUGAGGAGGAAUGGAGUGAACAAAUACCCUCUUGGAUUAUAAAAUGUCUCCCAAAAGAUAUUCAUUUGCAAUCCUUAUCUUAUCAAUAAAAUUCCUUUCGUAUUAAAAAAAAAA